AUGUUGCUCCUGGGCCUCACCGGAAGCAUUGCCACUGGCAAAUCCACCGUCUCCUCCAUUCUCGAAGCUCCGCCCUACAGCCUGCCCAUUGUCGAUGCGGACAAGAUCGCGCGUGAAGUCGUAGAACCAGGCACUGCCGGGUAUCAACAGAUUGUCGAAAAAUUUGGCCCCUCAACGCCUGAUCUCCUGCUAUCUGCAUCCGAGUGCGGCGGCGAGCAUGGUCACAAUGGCAAAGGACGGCCCCUCAAUCGACCUGCUCUGGGACGACGCGUGUUUGGAGAGGGCAAAGAUGAGGAUCGCAAAGCAUUGAACAAGAUUGUGCACCCGGCUGUAAGGUCUGAGAUGUAUCGUCAGAUGAUUUCCGCAUACAUCCGGGGUUCGUGGGCGGUCAUACUCGAUGUGCCCCUGCUCUUUGAAUCCGGUUGGGAGCCACUCUGCGGCACGAUCCUUGUCGUGGCUGUCACAGAUCCAAAGAUCCAGAUGCAACGAUUACGCGCUCGCGAUGAGCAUCUCACAGAGGAAGAUGCGAAGAACAGAGUGGCGGCGCAGUGGGAUGUUCGGGACAAGGCAGAGAGGUGCUUAAGGCGAGGUGAUCAAGCAGGUGUGGUAGUGUGGAAUGACGGCGACAAAGAGGAUUUGCGCAAGCAAAUUGACCAAGUCAUGGCGAAAGUCAAGUCGAACAGUCCACAGUGGUGGGCGUUCUUACUGUUACUCUUCCCACCACUCGCAGUGAUGAGUGGGAGUUGGAGCUAUGUACGGAGUUGGUGGAUUAAAAAACAGUGGGAGCAGGAGAAACUCAAAGACAAGGCGAAGCUGUGA